GGAAACCUGUUGGAAACCGAUAAAAUUGGAUCGACUCGCCUAGCUAAACUAGGCCCGGAGCUCCGCGCUCAUAGACAACACAAUGAACCCAAAACACCCACAAACCUAAGAACAAUUGAUGACAGGUAGAAGAUACAACUCUGUCAAAAGAUGUCACUGUCAUGCUGUAGACACACUACACCCUGAUCAAGCAGACCAGAUUUGGCAUGAACCACACAAAUGAAGGUCGCAAGAUUCCUGGAAGGUUUCAAAGAAGCACGAAAGACAACCUGCCAAGAGGCGGGAAUCCAAACCCAUCCCGACUACCAACUGAGCCAACAACGCCGCCACCCACAUAGCACAAAGCCAAAACCUCACCCCUCUAGGGCGCCACUGCGUCGCUUUUCAGGGAUGGUACCCCGGCAUCCACUGCCUCGGCCUCACUGGCAGAGCACCCGCAUGCCAAGGCCUUCCCAUGCACCUGGGCAAGGGAGAAGCCACGGCCGCACCAGGCACGCCUUCCAAGGUCCAGCGCCAGAUUCGGAGCCACCACAUGAAAUGGUUUUUCUUCUCCCUGCAGCUAACUAGCCUGAGAUAAUGCCAGUAACUCUGCUCGGUAGUUUUCUUAAGGCCUUAACAUUUUGCUGCUACACUCAUUGGCCUAUACCGGGUUCGAUUAACCCGGAUUACACUCAAUCACACGUACUGGUUGUUGAACCAUCUAAAUUAAGCAUGUUCAGGAUGAUCUGAGGAUGAAGCUAAUCUACAAAAGUAGUUUCAGAGAGUUGAGGAAAUAAUUUCAGUCAAUCAGGCUCCUAUAGGGAGAAGAAAAAACACUUGAAUCCCUGGCAAUCCGUCAGUCACACAUAUGGGAACGAUCAAGCCCGACGCCACAUGCCCACCACAGCAGGAACUCGACAACGCCGCCGCGCUAGACUAGCCGCAGGGCUCGCCGCUCCGGCGUCGAGGACACGCAGCCACAGUUCAGAAAUACUGGCACGCAUGUUCUACUCGUACGGCAAGCACGAUUUGAGCCAUACCUGGUCGAGCGCCAGCUCCAUAAACGCCGUAGCCGACAUUGGUUGGGCACGAAGGGCCGUGGGCCGGGCCCUGAGAGCCCAUGUACUUCGUCGUCUUCUGACUGGGCAACAAAGCGGGGAGGGAGCCACCGGGUCUCACCCACCAACGGCGGAGAUGGGUGGUGGUGCCGCGAGGAGGGUUCUCGAGGCGUGGAAGCUCGGAGUGGUCAAGUACGGCGACGCCCUCAGGCUCCAGGAGAGGCUCGUCGCCGACCGGAGAGCCGGCCGGGUCCCGGACCUCGUGCUCUCGCUGCAGCAUCCGCCUACCUACACCCUCGGCAAGCGGCGCACCGACCACAACCUGCUCGUGCCGGAGUCAAGCCUCGCGGGCCUCGGCGCCGAGCUCUACCGCACGGAGCGGGGCGGCGACGUCACCUUCCACGGCCCGCGCCAGGCCGUGCUCUACCCCAUCCUCUCGCUCCGGGACAUUGGGCUAGGCGCGCGGAGGUAUGUCGAGGGGCUCGAAUCCGCCAUGAUCGAGGUUGCCUCUCUGUACGGCGUCAAGGCGCGGCCGGGGGGCGCCUGCGAGACCGGCGUGUGGGUCGGGGACAGGAAGAUUGGGGCCAUCGGGGUCAGGAUCUCGUCAGGGUUUACCUGCCAUGGCCUGGCCUUCAACAUCGACCCUGAUUUGGGCUACUUCAAGCACAUCGUGCCCUGCGGCAUUGCUGACAAGGAGGUCACAUCGCUGCGGCGGGAGGCCGCGGUGGAACUCCCUCCUGACGAGGUGAUCCAUGGUCAGCUCGUGCAGAGCUUGGCGACAACCUUCCGUUUCAGUGAUGUUAAAGUCAAGGAUGAUUCCGAGUGUGCAGACAUGAUUAGCUCAGCUGCAACUGAGCAACACUGAUAUGUAUUUUGCUCUUUGUACUUUUGUAUACUGGGAUUUUGCCUCGACACCUAGUUAUAAACUUUUGGGUUUCAAAAUUUUCCUCUGAUAAUGUUGGUCGUAAAUGAAGGUGCUUCCCAUGC